AUGACAUCUACCCACCACGUUGGGCAGCGCGUCUCAUAUGAUGGCGCUCUCUGCACAGUGAGGUUUGUUGGCGAAGUCGCAGGCACCUCAGGAACAUGGCUGGGCGUAGAAUGGGACGACUCAGCCCGAGGCAAACACGACGGAUGUCACAAGGGCGUUCGCUACUUUACCUGCAAAUCCAAAUCCCCCACCGCUGCUUCAUUUGUGCGCCCUUCACGUCCCGCUGACCCGCCGCGUCACUUCCUAGCAGCCGUCAACCACAAAUAUGCAUCCGAGUACACACUGCCAGAUGGAAGAAGGGCGGCUGAGGAGAUUGUAUUCUUCGGCAAGCGCGCUGAGGAGGUCGGCUUUGAGAAGAUCCGCCGCAAGCAGGCCAAUAUUGGCGAGCUCACAGUUGUGAUUCUUGAGGAUCUUCAGGUCGACAGCGCAAGGGCAGAUGAUGAAGCAGAUGGUAUAAUUGCAAAGACGUGUCCCAAAAUCACGCAGCUGGACCUCAGUCGUAACCUGUUUGACCGGCUUGACCAUGUGUUUGACAUUUGUCGGGAACUACCACACCUCCAGCAUCUCACCCUCAAUGGCAAUCGAUUCCAAAACAUAUUGGAAAAUCAAUCAAACGACAGCCUCAAAAAGGUAAAAGAAUUGUCGCUCGAGGAAACCAUUAUGUCAUGGGAAGAAGUCUGCCACAUCGCAACAAAGUGUCCCUCUCUGGCUGCGCUUGAUGCUGGAUCCAACCAGUUUUCAUCUCUGCCUAACCUCGACUACGGCAUCCUCUCGUCAACCUUGACAUCAAUCAAUCUUGAAAUCAACGAGUUCACAACAUUUGCUGAUUUCAGCACUCUUACUGUCCUCACUACGCUGCGUAACAUUCACCUCAAGGGAAACAACAUCUCGUCAAUGGCCCCAGAAGGCGUUGAGGGACCGAUUUUCUCAGAAAACUUGCAAUAUCUCGAUGUUUCGUACAACAACAUCCAGUCGUGGACAUUCGUCGACCAGCUUCCCAAACAUUUCCCUGGUUUGGUUGGGCUGCGCAUCGGUCACAACCCCUUCUAUGAUGCCGCCGAUGCCGAUGCAAAGGUAUCCUCAUCAGAAGAGUCUCACAUGUUUGUUGUUGCUCGCCUUGCUUCACUCAAGUCCCUCAACUUUAGCCAAGUCACACCGGCUGACAGGACUAAUGCCGAAAUGUUCUACCUCUCUCGUAUCGGAAAACAGCUUGCGACCGUAUCAGAAGACGCUGAAGAUGAGGUCCUGGCCCACCACCCUCGCUAUGCUGAGCUCUGUGAGAUUUACGGCACACCAAACGUCGUUCGUAAAACAGAGGCCAAUCCCGCAUACCUGGAAGCUCGGCUAGUCACUGUUGAUUUCCAUCUUCAGGACGGCGAGGAGAAAACGACCAGGAUCCCCAACUCCUUCGAUAUUUAUGCGGUCAAGGGAGUUGCAGGCAGACUUUUUGGCUUGUCUCCCCUCAAGCUUGGGCUCAUUUGGGAAACAGGAGAAUGGGACCCCGUAGCUGGAUUUGACGAUCAAGAGGGCGAAAGCAGUGAUGAGGAAGACGCCGAAGAGGAGAGGGAACGCCAAGUAUUGGAUGCGCAAGCUGCUGAGGAAGAUGCUGCAGGCAAACCAGGACGAUGGGUAAAGAGGGAAGUGGAACUCAGGGACGGACCUAGACAAUUGAGUUACUGCGUGGAUGGUAUGGAUGUUAAAAUUCGCGUGGAGGCUCGAUAG